AUGGCUCAACCACACAAAAUAGCAUUAGAAGGUAUUGCGACGAAGAUAACGACAGGAUUACCUGGGGCAACGCCUCGAAUUAAAUAUACCGGUAUGAAGUUACUUCAAAGAAUAGCAGAGAAGCGUGCCAUGGCGUGCUAUCGAGAUGAUUCCCAGAGCCCCUUCCUUAUAGUAGAAAAUAUACCACCCACAAUCCUUCAAGACUUUGACCACAUCUAUGGAGAUAAAGGCCCCAAGAUAACUGCAAAUCUACCAGAGGGUGUUUUAAUACUCGAGACGAUGGUUUGGAAACCACAUGAAAUUGCUGCAAGAGGCUUGGAGUCUAUAAUCAAGGAAGAAAUCGACAAAAUGGGCCUUAGGGAUGACAUUGAUGACUGUGGAAGUGCUAGAGCUGAAUCUAAUGGCCACGCGAAGGAACCAGACGGUAGCUUUGUACUAGAUAGCCACGACUGGCCCAUCUUGACUGUCGAGGCAGGGCUAUCUGAAAAGCGGUCGAAGCUCGCCAUCGAUGCAAGGUGGUGGCUGGGGAUAGAAGGGUCGGAGACUGAACUGGUUAUUACAAUAAAAAUUAAUCGCCGAACACCCAAUAUCACUUUUCAUCGCUGGGAGAAACAUUACCCCGAGGACCAACGGGCUCUACGCUCUUCUCGACUAUUAGGAGUUAUAAUGGAGGAAGUGACUGCUACUCGACUGGACGGUGUCACCCAUCCGGUCGAGAGCAAGCCAAUCCAAACGAGCAUGACAUCAUUAUCACGAAUGCUACACUACGGCGGAUUUGUGAAAAGGUCUGGAAAAGACAGAACCUUUAAAAUCGUCAAGGAACGUGAUACAUGGAAGCGAUCAAACUGUAUUAAUAAAGUAUGA